CGCGGGUCUGUCAAAAAUAUCAACCGAUUAAAAUUGUCCAGCCAAGGCGUCCGGCACAACUUAAAAUGAUUUGUUAGAGCUCACUCGUUCGAAGGAAAGUCUCUGUCAGCCUGCUGAAGAAGAACUCUAUUUUCUGUGUCACAUUCGGUCCAUUAGCGGAACUCCGACGUUACGUGACAAUCCAUAAAUUGGAUUAAGUAAAGCCACCCGUGAAUGAUACCGGGCUAGUUUAGCAAAGUUGCUAGCGAAGGAAACUACUGUGAACGUGGACCAGACGUCACACGUAGCUAACGUUAUGGACCCUUCUCUUUGACAGUUUAGCAUUAUGGUCUGAAUUGCUGCGACGUGUUAGCUCUACAUUCAAGUUGUCUUGUAUGGUAAACUAGGAGGCUAGAUAACACUGCAGCUGUCGGUGUUCACUGUUGGAGGUGAGCUGACGUUACUUGUAUUGCUAAGCUAACUUGGCUAACAGCUGACAGCUAAAGUUGUCAAAGAUAUAUAGCUUCUGCAACGCAGUCCAGUUUUGGGAAAGUCACCGUCGACAUGGACGGUUAUAAUCAGAGAUUUGAGUCAACCGCUGGGCGAGAGGGUAAACUUCAAAAGAAGAAAGCUCCCAUUUUUCUCCACGGAGCACCGUCCUAUGACGAAGUAGACCGUAAACCCAAGUUUCACAUACACUUUAGAAACCUCACGGAUGAUGUGCUGGACAGAUUUGCCAGUAUUCGGAUUCCUGGCAGUAAAAAGGAGCGUCCACAGCUAUCGCACCCCAAACACAACCCCAGUGACUGGUCCAUUUCUUCUGCCUCAUCUACCUCAGCGGGGUUCGAGGACCUCUCAUCCAAGAUCACCUCAGAGAAAGAGAUCUUGGCUCUAUUUGAGAAGAUGAUGGAGGAUAUGAACUUGAACGAGGAAAAAAAGACUCCCUUGAGGGACAAAGACCUCAAUACAAAGAGAGAAAUGGUCAUCCGGUAUAUUGUUACUGCCUCCAAAACCGGUAGCUUGAGAAGCAGCCAUCAGAUCUCUCCUCAGGAGUUCCUGGGGGAGCUGAAGUCAGGGGUGACAGAAGAACGCCUAUUUGCCUGCCUAGACUCACUGCGAGUCUCCCUCACCAGCAACCCUGUCAGUUGGGUGCAGAGCUUUGGGCAUGAGGGUCUUGGACUGCUGCUUGACGUAUUGGAGAGACUUCUGCUCAAGAAAAACGAGGAGAGGAUUGACCGAAAGAAUCAGCACAAAGUUGUCCAGUGUCUCAAAGCCUUCAUGAACAACAAGUAUGGCUUGGAACGAAUCCUUGGGGAGGAGCGGAGUCUUGCCUUGUUGGCCAGAGCCAUUGACCCCACCCAGUCUGCCAUGAUGACUGACGUGGUCAAGCUGCUGUCCGCCAUCUGCAUCGUGGGCGAAGAAAAUACUUUGGAGAAGGUCCUUGAAGCUAUCACCACAGCAGGAGAACUACGGGCCAUCGAGAGGUUCAGCCCUAUUGUACAGGGACUCCGAGAUCGCUCAGUUCAAUUACAAGUGGCAUGCAUGCAGCUCAUCAAUGCACUGGUAACAUCUCCUGAUGAGCUGGACUUCAGGCUACAUAUUAGGAAUGAAUUUAUGCGCUGCGGCUUGAAAGAGAUAUUGCCGCAACUUACAGUCAUGAGGAAUGAAGCCCUUGACAUUCAGCUUAAGGUGUUUGAAGAGCAUAAAGAAGAGGACAUGAUGGAGUUCUCUCACAGACUGGAUGACAUCAAGAGCGAGCUGGAUGAUGUGGGGGAUGUGUUCAGUAUUGUGCAGAGCGUGGUGAAGGACAGCAGUGCAGAGCCCUAUUUCCUCUCUAUACUGCAGCACCUGAUGCUUAUACGCAAUGACUACUUGGUCAGGCCUCAGUACUUUAAGAUCAUUGAAGAGUGUGUGUCUCAGAUUGUUCUUCAUCGCAGCGGCACCGACCCAGACUUCAGUUAUCGCAAGCGCUUAGAUGUGGACUUCAGCCACCUCUUAGAGGUGUGCAUAGAUAAAGCACGAAUUGAUGAGUAUGAACAAAGAGCUUCAGAACUGGCACAGAAGUUGGACGAGGAGUUUCUCAGCAGGCAGGAGGCACAAGGUCAUCUGGUUAAAUGUGAGGAGAAAAUAGCUGAGCUCCAGGCAGAGCUACUUGCCUUCAGGUCCCAGUUUGGAGCUGUACCUGUUGGUGUGUCUUCUGCUCACAUGGGACAGGCCCUCUCUUCAUCAUCAUGCCUCUCUGCACCUCCACCCCUUCCACCAGUACCAGGGUGUGCGGCACUCCCUCCACCACCGCCUCCACCCCCUUUACCAGGCUGUGCUGCUCCUCCUCCUCCACCUGGAGUGCCUCCUCCCUUUGGUGCUCCCCCACCUCCCCCUCCAGGGUUUGGAGGUGCUUUUGGGUCCCCCACCCACCAUGCACUGCCUUAUGGCCUCAUGCCUAAGAGGGAAUUCAAGCCAGAGACCUCCAUGAAGCGCCUCAACUGGUCCAAGAUCCGUCCCCAGGAAAUGUCAGAGGGCUGUUUCUGGGUGCUGGCCAAUGAAGACCGAUACGCAAAACCUGAGCUGCUCAGCAAACUUGCUCUUACUUUUGCUUCACAAAGAACAGAAACCAAAGACUGUGAGGAGAGUGUACCAACUGAAGAGCCAGCUAAGAAAGAAGAGGAUGAUCUGGAGGAAAAGAAAUCUAUAAAGAAGAGAAUCAAAGAGCUCAAGGUGCUCGAUCCAAAGAUUGCACAGAAUCUAUCCAUUUUCCUGGGUUCCUAUCGCAUGCCUUACCAGGAGAUCCGUCGCAUGAUAGUGGAGGUGGACGAGGAACAGCUCACUGAACCUAUGAUCCAGAACCUUGUGAACCACCUACCAGAGCAAGAGCAGCUGAACGCCUUGGCCAAGUAUAAAAAUGAAUACACCAAUUUGUCAGAGCCUGAGCAGUUUGGGGUUGUGAUGAGCAGUGUGAAGCGACUGCGUCCUCGACUCAGCCACAUCCUGUUCCGGCUGCAGUUUGAGGAGCAGGUGAACAACCUGCGCCCCGACAUCCUGGCUGUGAAUGCCGCCUGCGACGAGGUCAGGAAGAGCCGCUCAUUUAGCCGCCUGCUGGAGCUGGUUCUGCUGCUAGGCAACUACAUGAAUGCUGGCUCCCGAAAUGCACAGUCAUACGGCUUCGACCUGAGCUCCCUCUGCAAGCUGAAGGACACUAAGUCAGCAGACCAGAAGACCACACUUCUCCACUUCCUGGCAGAGGUGUGUGAGGAGGAGUUUCCAGAUGUGAUCAAGUUUGCUGAAGACCUACAGCAUGUGGACCGAGCAAGCAGAGUCUCUGCAGAGAAUCUGGAAAAGAGCCUGAGGCAGAUGGAGAGGCAGCUGCUGCAGCUGGAAAGAGACCUGGAGACUUUCUCCUCCCCUGAUGACCCCAAUGACAUGUUCUUCACUAAAAUGGCUAGCUUCAGCCAGUGUGCACGAGAGCAGUAUGGCAAGCUGGUGGUGAUGCACAACAACAUGGAGACGCUUUACCAGAAUAUGGUGGAAUACUUUGCUGUCGACCCCAAGAAGACCUCUGUGGAGGAGCUGUUCACUGAUCUCAGCAACUUCCGCUCCAUGUUCACUCAAGCACUGAAGGAAAACCUGAGGAGGAGGGAGGCAGAGGAGAAACAGAGGAGAGCACGGGCAGCAAAGGAAAAGGCCGAACGUGAAAAGCAAGAGAGGCAGCAGAAGAAGAAGAGACUGCUGGAGGUCAAUGCAGAGAAUGAUGAGACAGGAGUGAUGGAUAGUUUGCUGGAAGCCCUACAGUCAGGAGCUGCAUUCAGAGACCGUAGGAAGAGAGUGCCAAGACCCAGAGAAAACCAGCCAAAGAUUAUCAGCCCCAGCUCCUACCGCCAAGUUCUCAGGCCUGUUAACUAUGAAAACACCAAGGCACCUUUACAAAGGUCUCGCUCUCGGCAGAAUAUCAAUGUGGGUUCAGUAUUGGCGAAAGGCCCUCCUGCCAAAGAGGCUCAUUAUGACGCCGAGGGCCAUCCAUCUGCAGCCCGGGGCAAGGCUGCUGCAUCUACGGAGCCAGGGCAUAGGUACAGGCACACCCCCAGUCAUAGCCACGGGCCUGACAGAGAGAGGGGGGUGGAAAAAGAGAGGGGGAAAGCGAUGGAGAAAGAGAUAGAGGUGGAAGCAGAGCCCUCAGCGUUUCAGCCAUCCUCCACUGGCAGUACUGUCGGUGGAUAUAGCACCAAUGGUGAAACAGACGUAGAGGCUCUCUUGGCUCGGCUAAGGGCUUUGUGAGAUCCACCUCUUGCCUCUGACAUAAACACCAUAUGUAUAAACAAACUCACACAGGGACACACUUGACGCGACUAGAAAGGCCUACUUUUAACAGCCUCACUUUUACACAAAAGGAGACUAAAUUCUGUCAUUAAGACAAAGUGUUAAAUCAAGAUGUGGCAGAGGACCCUCCUGAGGUCUAAUAGGACAAUUAGGUUGCAACUGUGAGAAUCAGCUGUAGCAACAGGGACGUUUGUGUAAAAACUAUGAAUCAGUUUUAAGGCUACACUUCUUAUAUUCAGUGUAAAUCGGUGGCACAGAGUUAGAAGUCGGCUAUUUUCUGUUUCAACAGCUACAGAGCAAACAGGGAUAUGAUCAACACCAUUAGUGUCAUAUUCUACAGCGACGUGGAUACAGCUGGGUGUCUACAUGCUUUUUUUUUUUCCUCUUCCUAAACAUUCGGCUGUAGCAUGUAUGCAUGCCCAACAAUAGUCAUACUGCUAUGCUUUCCUCUGAUAAUCAAAGAUACAAUAUUGUUAUGCACUUUCUCUUAUACCCUUAACUAUGCAAUAAAAACUACUUAAAUUUCUGUCAUGUAAUUUGUAUUACUCAGAGUUAUCACAUCAAUAUUCUAGUUUUUUUUUAAUCACAUAUCACGUGAUCAUAUUCGUGUUGUGUUAUUGGCAAGGUUCAUUUAAGCAAAAAAAAAAAAAAAAUCAGCUGGUAUGUGCUUUUAUUACUGUUUGUCUUUUACUGUUUUCUGUGUAAUCUCUCUUUCUUCCUUUCUCUUUCAAUCCAUUUCAUUCCACACGGAGUGAUGCGGUGUCUUUGAAAAACUUUUGUAUUCGAAUCAUUGUAUUUUCUAUAGUUAUUAUAUCAGUUACAUUCCAGAAGAUGUAUACAAAGAAAAAGUGAAGAAUGGCUGUUUUGGAGUCAUGCUGUAUGGUUGUGUUUUUUUUUUUUUUGUUUGUUUUGUUUUUUUUUUUACAGUUUUAAAUGCCAUUUGAUUUGUUGGUUUUGAUUGUGCUGGAUUUUUUUUUUUUUUUUUUGCUUUGUCUCUGGUGGUUAAGAGGUGUAAUCUACCAAGAAAAGAUACGAACAGGAAGCAUAAAGGCAACAGAAACCAACUGUAUUGCUCUUGCCAAUUGAAGAAAUAUAUUCAACCAGUGGCAUGCACACACACAAGCGAUGCUCAACAGAAGAAAAAAGAAAACUGUUCCAGAAUGCUUUUUAUUCUCCUAUUAUUUGUAUCUGUUAUUUGCAGGUGUGUUUUGGCAAGGCAUGAUAGAAUGCACACUUUCUUUUGUAGACCCAUUUACAAUAAAAUAAGGGAAAAUAUA